UCUCUGUGUCGACUUCAUUAGACAGGAGAGUCAUUUUCGUCACAGUGACAGUGAGUUACAGUGGAAUGUUAAAAAAAAGGGGCUUGGGGGUAAAAAGAAGAAAAAUGCUCUGAGGCUUCACACAAAGUGCAGUAGAGUCUUUCAAAGACAGGGUCAAGGAAAAGAGCAGCAUGUGGGUUUUUGGAUAUGGCUCCUUGGUGUGGAAACCUGGCUUUGCUUUCCAGAGCAGCAAAAUCGGCUUCAUCAGAGGAUACAAGAGACGCUUUUGGCACGGAGACGAUUUCUACCGAGGGGAUAAAGAGAGGCCAGCCAGAGUGGCCACACUUGUAGAGGACUGGGAUGCUCACACAUGGGGCGUGGCCUACGAGGUGACCGACACCCACGCCGAGGAGUCGCUGCAGUACCUGAACAUGAGAGAGGUCGUGUUGGGAGGCUACGUAACGCAGACGGUGGAGUUCACGCCAAAGGACGCCGACCAGGCUCCGCUGCUGGCCCUCGUCUACAUCGCCACGGCCAGCAACCCCAUCUACCUCGGCCCGGCCUCGGACAAAGACAUUGCUGCCCAGGUCGCCGUCUGCAGCGGCAAAACGGGCCCCAAUGUUGAGUACGUGGUGCGUCUGGCCGAGUUUAUGAGGCUCUUCUGCCCAGAGGUGGACGAUGAACACCUUUUUUCCAUUGAGGCGGAAGUUUUGAACAUUUUCAGCGACUCUGGCGGCAUCGAGUCCCCCAAACAAAAUGCCGUACUGCUGAAAGCGUGAUUAAAAAGCCUCCACAAGACAUUCCACAUUAUACAGGGAUCCGGGUUUUACUGGGUGAAAGGGGAAAAUUAUGCCCACAGCACAUGUUGAGAGGUAUCCGGUGUUUUUACCUCUACUUAGCUCAGGUUUCUCAGUGCUGUGCUUUUAAUUUGCAGCAUGUCUCAUAUACAAAAGCUCUAAUACACGUACACAAGCUUUGUUGUACACUGGGUACAUUUUCUAACAAUAUGCUACAAUAAAAAAUCUAUUUUAAUGGA